AUGUGCACUAGCACGGAGGCCAUCGCCUUCAUGAUCACGUACGGGUUCAGUGCCGCUGUGAGCACCCGGGUGUCAAAUGAGGUCGGGGACGGGAACGUGGACAAGGCCAAGAACGCCGUAUCGGUGACCCUGAAGCUGUCGGUGCUCGUCGGCGUCUCCUUCGUCCUGCUGCUGGAGUUCAGCAACGGCCUCUGGGCGAAGCUCGGUGGGAGCACGGUGGUGGGGUUAUGGCCGGGCAUGAUCUGCAGUCUGGCAUGCCAGGCCUGCUCGCUGCUGGUGAUCACUGUCCGCACCAAGUGGUCAAGGAUCGUGGAGUCCAUGCAGGAGGAGAAGGCCAACUACAUCGCUUAG